GUCCCGCCCCCCCGGCGGCCCUAGAAAGGCGGCGGCCGCCCCGUCGCCCCCGUGUGCCGGUACCGCCAUGGCCCCGCCACUCGCGCUCCGGCUGUGCGCUGCGGUGCUCCUAGUGUUGCUCCCCGCGGCCGCCGCGCAGCAGCAGGAGGCGGCGGGAGAAUGUCAGCAGUAUACAAACAGAAGCUGCGAGGAGUGCCUGAAGAAUGUCACUUGCCUGUGGUGUGCCAGCAGCAGGAGGUGUGUGCCAUACCCUGUCCGGAGGAUCCUCCCACCUGCUGACCUCUGUGAGCUCCGCUCUGCACGCUGGGGCGUGUGCUGGGUGAAUUUUGAAGCCCUGAUCAUUGCGAUGUCUGUGGUGGGUGGAAUAAUCCUCAUCAUGCUGAUUGGCUGCUGCUGCUGCUGUUGUAAGAAAAAGAGCAAAAAGCCAGACAAGGAAGAUGAACGAGCCGCCCGGGAGCGGGAGCGCAGGAGGGUGCGCCAGGAGGAAAGGAGAGCAGAGAUGAAGUCACGGCAUGAUGAAAUUCGAAGAAAAUACGGCCUGUUCAAGGAGGAGAACCCUUAUGCAAAAUUUGAGAACUAGCCUCUCUGGAUCUGCCCCACCUGGUGAAUGGCGUCCUUCUUGUAGAGCCACCUCACUCUGGGUCACUUGCCUGGAGACCCCUAUGGUGCCAUGUGCUGCCACAAGCCCUGCUCAGUGUCUCCCCCAUCUCCACUCCAGUUCUCAGCUUGCCCCAGGGCUUUGCUACAGAGGCUGUGCUGUGGCAGCCAGCCCUCAGUUGCAGUGCCUGGCUAGGCUGGAGCCUUUCUCUGUGCCUGGAAACUUGGUGGCAGUAGUGCUGGGCUUCACACUCCUAACCCACCUGGGAGUGGCAGCCCAGCACAAAGCAAUGCAGUGCCUUGCUGAGGUCCUGAGUGCCCCAGUGUGUCUUCCUUCUUCUUCCUCAUGCAAAGCUGGGCACAUGCAGUGUGAGGCUCUCAUCUCUCUCUGUGUGGAGGUGGCUCAGAUGAGACCACAGGCCUGGCUGUCUCCAGCUGCACAUCUGUGCCCUCACACCAGCAUCCCCUCACAGUGCUGGUUUCUAGCUGCCUUGGGCCUCUGGGGGCUGGCCUACAUGCACGCUUCACUUGCAACUAAUCCAGGGACCCUCCACAGCCCCUCUACCUCUGUGCCUUUCUUGAUCAUCUCCUGGGCUCGGUGCCCGUGACUGAUAGCAAUACUGUAGGGUUCUGAUGCAUAUGCAAUAUGAUGAAGAUGUAUUAAAUUGAUUUGAUUACUC